CAAUUUUGACGUUUAGGCAAUUUUCCUCAUAAAACUGACUUCAGCCUUUUUGCUGCUGCCAUUACAAAACCUAUAAAAAGGUAUAUUUUCUAUUCUUAACGUUGUGCGAAAUACCUUAGAGAAUAAAUAAGAUGGCCAGUCUUGCAACGAAGGGCUCCACCUUGGUGAACAAACUUUUGGUUCAAGCAAGACCACAGCUUGAAGUUUUCCUGAAGUACGCCAAAGUAGAACUUACUCCACCAACUCCGGGAGAUAUUCCAGCUAUUCGUCAAGGCAUUGGCCGUCUCAUUAGCGGUGCUCGUACCGGUGCGUACAAAAACCUAACCGUGAAAGAAGCAUGGUUAAACACACUUGUUACGGCCGAGGUCCUCUUUUGGUUUUACAUUGGUGAAUGCAUUGGCAAACGUCACUUGGUGGGAUACAAAGUAUAAGAACUUCAUAUAUAUUAUAAAUGUAAUCGAAAACUUAAUAUGUUCAAAAGGAUAACAUUAAAUAUAACAAAAUAGUCCUGAAUAA